AAGAUCCGGGCGGCGGAAUGCGGUCUGGUGGUGCUGGAGGAGAACCAGAGCCUGAAACAACAAUACAGUGAGCUGGAGGCGGACCAGGAGACACUGAAGCGGGAGUUAGAGAGGCUGCAGGAGGGAUGUGAACAUCCCCACAUCACUGAGUCACAUGUUAUUCUGAGACCCUGGGAAAUGGUGAUGUGAAACUGGACUACAGGCUUCUUUAUGUACGGCCUGGUACAUCAAAGUAUGCUGAAGUGUCGUGGCAGAGUCUGGACGCCAGCCUGCUCACCCUAAACGACCAGUGAAGCAGCUCUAAUUACGGAGGACAUGGCAGUGACUGAUGAAAGGCGCGGGACGGACCUCACUCGUCCCUCCAUUCUCAACACAGGCCAGACUAUCGAUUUGCUUUGCUGCAAAACCUGACCCCGCCUCAGCGUCGCUUCCCUACAGUGGUACGACGGAAGCUGUCGCCUUCACUGUCUCAUUGUGUCCUUCCGCUCUGCUAAUCCUGCCACCGCGCUUCACGUGCCCGUUCAAGCUUUUCCUCCCUAAACUGAAUAAUCUCUUUUGAAUGAAACGUAACUUUGUAGAUCAAAGUAAAAACCUGGUGGAGUUAUUAACGUCUUAGUGGCCCUGAGCUAUUAGUUACGCAAGCCUUUGAAUGUGAUCAACGUGUCAAUACUGUUUAGAUACUUAGCAUUUCAUGUCAGCUGUGAAUGUUAUCAGCAUCAAUGGUGUUCUUUUGGUGACAAUUUCCUAUCAGGAAGUGGUUCUUUGGUUUAUUUUAAUAAACUUGUUCAUAUUACAAGAGAAGACUAGAUGCAGUGUCUGUAAAGACUUAGCCAGCAUGUUGUAGAUCAUAUAGCUGGCUGGACGCUUGUGUGUGCAUGUGUGUCUGCAUGCGUGUGUGUGUGCGUGUGUGUGUGUGUGUCUGUCUGUCUGCACACGUGUGUGUGCGCGUGUGUAUGUCUGCAUGCGUGUGUGUGCAUGUCUGCACCCUUAUGUGCAUGUGUGUGUGUGUGUCUGCACACGUAUGUGUGCAUGUCUGCACGCUUGUGUGUGUGUGUGUGUGUGCAUGUGUGUGUGUGCAUGUGUGUGUGUGUGCGUGUGUGUGUGUCUGCACGCUUGUGUGUGUGUGUGUGUGUGCGCGUGUGUGUGUGUGUGUCUGCAGCUUGUGUGUGUGUGUGUGUGUGUGUGUCUGCACGCUUGUGUGUGUGUGUGUGUGUGUGUGUGUGUGUAUGCGUCCUGUGGUAGACUGGCAUCCAGUCCAAAGGUUGCAGGUGCCUUGUGCUGCCUGAAAUUGACUCCAGACUCUCCCAUGACUCUAUGUUUGACCACCAGUUGAAAAAUGGAUUGAUAGAUUUAACUGCAGUUGUCCAGGCAGACAGGAAGCAUUUCCAGCAGCGGCCUGCAGUAACCAAAGCAGCGUUGAGAACGCAGAAGAUCAUGCAUUAAGCUCCACAGCCACGUGGAAGCGGCUUCCGGCUGAGCCCCAGGGGGGUGUCACCUUGCUGUCAACCUGUGAGGCAUUCGGGCAGGCGUACUCCACCCAGCGCAAGGUGGCGGCGGAUGGCGAGACUAACGAGGAGCACCUCCUACAGGAGUCGGCCUCCAAGGAGGCGUACUACACGAGCCGGCUGCAGGAGCUGCAGGCAGAGCUGCAGCAGAGCCGUGCUGUGGCGUCCAACGUGCAGGCUGAGGCCGAGCGGCUCAACGUGCUGCUGCAGGAGCUGCGAGAGAGUAACGAGAUGCUGGAGCUCCAGAGGAACCGGAUGAAGGACGAGAUCCGUGAGUACAAGUUUCGUGAGGCUCGGUCGUUGCAGGACUACAGCGAGCUGGAGGAGGAGAACAUCAUGCUGCAGAAGCUGGUGUCCACGCUGAAGCAGAACCAGGUGGAGUUUGAGGGCCUGAAGCAUGAGAUAAAGGUCCUGGAGGAGGAGGCAGAGCUGCUGCAGAGUCAGCUGGAGGAGGCCCUGCGGCUGAAGCAGAUCUCAGAGACACAGCUGGAGGAGGCGCUAGAUACACUGAAGAGCGAGUGCGAGCAGAAGAACAGCCUGCGCAAGGAGCUGGUGCACUACAUGAGCCUCAGUGACAGCGUGUACGGCACCCACCUGGCCCUCGCCGAUGGCCUUAAGUUUGCUGAAGAGGCAGCCAGCAAUGGCACCGCCGCCACCAGCUUGCCCAACAACCAGGACAGCAACAAGUGUAAUGGUCACACGGCCAAGGUCAACGGCGACUACCGAGCAGCCAGCCGGAAGGGCGAGGCCGCUAACCUCGUGUCGGACCUCUUCAGUGAGCUCAACCUCUCUGAGAUGCAGAAGCUCAAGCAACAGCUACUGCAGGUGGAGCGGGAGAAGGCCCUGCUGCUGACGAACCUGCAGGAGUCGCAGACGCAGCUGGAGCACACGCAGGGAGCCCUGACCGAGGAGCAUGAGCGUGUGCAUCAACUGACGGAGCGCGUCAAUGCCAUGAGGCAUCUGCGCUGUGACAAGGAGGGGGCGGUGUGCGAGGAGGCGGCCGACGGUCACACACAGCGGGACGACACCCGCGGCCUGGAGGUGCUGGAGUGCAAGUACAAGGUGGCCGUUACGGAGGUGAUCGACCUGAAGGCGGAGCUGAAGACUCUCAAGGAUAAGUAUAACCAGUGCGUGGAGGCCCAGGCGGAGGAGCGGGCUCGCGGUGAGGCCCGGCUGAAGGUGCUGGACGACCGGGUGAGCGGCUUGGAGCAGAGCUGCCGCGAGGGCCAGCAGCGCGUCGUCAGUCUGGAGGGGGAGCUGCGGAGCACGACCCUGGCGGCUGCCGAGAACCAGGCCCUUCUGAACGCUGCCCAGGACGAGCUGGUGACCUUCAGCGAGGAGCUGGCGCAGCUCUACCACCACGUCUGCCUGUGCAACAACGAGACGCCCAACCGCGUCAUGCUGGACUACUACCGGCAGGGCCGGGCCGCCCGAGGGGGCAGCCUCAAGGGCCCCGAGGACCCGCGUGUCCUGCUGUCCCCCCGCCUCGCUCGUCGCCUGGCUGCCACCUCGCCUCCUGAACCCCGAGGCGAUUCCCCAUCCAAAGACCCCGCCACAGACGGCAGCAAGGACCCGCAAGCAAGCCCUGCCCGUACCCCCGUGGGCUCGCCAGUCAUCAGCAUCUCCCCCUCGCCAUCGCCAACGCCCACCGCCUCUGAACCCAGCGCCGACCCGCGUCGGGAGCCCUUGAAUAUCUGCAACCUGAAUGCAAUUGUGCGCGACCAGAUCAGGCACCUGCAGCGUGCCGUCGACCGCUCACUGCAGCUGUCCCGACAGCGGGCUGCUGCCCGGGAGCAGGCACCCGCGUUCGACAAGGACAAGGAGGCCUGCAUGGAGGACAUCCUCAAGCUGAAAUCACUGCUGAGUACCAAGCGUGAGCAAAUUGCCACACUCAGGCUUGUCCUCAAGGCCAAUAAGCAGACCGCAGAGGUGGCGCUCGCCAACCUGAAGAGCAAGUACGAGAACGAGAAGUCCAUGGUGACAGAGACCAUGAUGAAGCUGCGGAACGAGCUGAAGGCCCUGAAAGAGGAUGCGGCCACCUUCUCCUCGCUGAGGGCCAUGUUCGCCACCAGGUGCGACGAGUACGUGACGCAGCUGGACGAGAUGCAGCGGCAGCUGGCGGCCGCCGAGGACGAGAAGAAGACGCUGAACUCGCUGCUGCGCAUGGCCAUCCAGCAGAAGCUGGCGCUGACGCAGCGACUCGAGGACCUGGAGUUCGACCACGAGCAGACGCACCGCGGCCGCGCCGGCAAGGCGGCCAAGCUCAGGGCCAGCCCCUCCAAAGUAAGUGGAAAGGCGGCCUCGACGGCGCCCCCUAGUCCCACUGCUGCCUCUGUGCUCGUUUUGCCUGUGGCUCAGGGUCCCCCAGCCCCACACGCCGUCAGCCUUUCUGCUAUCAGCGGCCCACCCCCCCUGGACGCGCCCCACUUAGCCUCGAGCUGGGCGGGGUCUCCCCAGUCGUUCCUCCUGAGCCACUCUCAGUGGGCCCUGGGUGUCCAGCCUCUCACCACUGACACCCACAACUUCAGCCUAGACUUCCACCCGCACCCAGUUGCCGAAACUCGCCUUGCCGUGAGCCCGAGCUCCGCCCCCGCCUCGCCCUAUCGCUCGCCGGUCCUGGGCGUGAGGUCCUCGGUACCCAGCGCUGACAGAACUCGUACCCUUGCCGAUAAAGCACAUGCCACCACCCUGAGUUCCUCGGCCCCCACGCCCUGCCACCUCGACUCCCGCACCUACAUGUCCCACCAUCUCCAUCACUGACUCUCGCCAGGAAGUGAGGCCGGGUGACACAGACAGGAAGACAGACUGGUUUCCUGUUACUUCCCACCAGUAGCCGCCUCCUACCCACCCGAAGGGACAUUCCUCAGGGAUUUGUAAUGAGAAGGAGCACAUGACCGCUUUCCCAGAGAUACCAUUGGUUAGUCUCUGACAGGCUCGGUCUUAACGGCCAUUGUGGGGGUUAGUUGUCUCUCUCCAGCUUUUGUUGUCUUUCUACAAGAGGAGAAAUUAAUUCACCUGCAUGUGCUGUCCCAUCUUACUCACUUCUGUACCUGCAGAACUGAAUAUCACAGGACCAAAGUCAAACCGAGAAAUUAAAUAGAUAUUUGGGAACCUGAAUGUUUUUCGAAAGCUUGUGGCUUUUUCUUUUAGAAAUAAGUUAUGAUUUUAUAUCUUUUUUUUUACUGAUAUAAAAUAUCGUAGCGUAGCAUAGAUAGAUAUUGACCCAACCCAGAUCAAACAUAUCUGACGAUUCCAUUUCUGACAGUAAAGAUCACCUGAGUCUUAACAGUCAGCUGUCUCUGCAAUGCCUUUAAAACUCUCCUUGACUGAUUUUUGCAGAAAUCUAUCAUUUUAAAAUCCAGCAUUAAAUCGAAAACAAUAAAGCAAAUACUGGAACUGUGGCCUUACAGCAGGAAAUGAUGCUUAAUAAAGAUUUGUGCAUCUUUGCUGCCACCCAGUGAUAAACUUUGGAAAUAACAAGUAAGGUUUUUGCUAAGGUUUAGAUGCCUUGAGAUGUCUACCACUGCCUUACAAAGCAGAGAUCGAAAUACAUCAGAAGGAGUUAUGUGCAUGUAACUCAGGGAAUUUAGUACACUGCCCUGAAGUUUGUGUAGAGAAUCCAAAACGUAAUUUGGAAGAAAGUGGAUAGUCGUUACCAGGGACGGAUUACGGACCGGGCCAGCGGGGCCAGCGGGGCCGCUGCCCAGGGGCCCUUUUUUUUUUAUUUGCAACGCUUAUCAACAAUGUAUUUUCGUUUGUCUAUUUUAGAGGGCCUACAUUCUUUGAUCCUCUGCUUACAAGGGCCCCUGACCCUAUAGGGAGGGCGUUUGGCUGCUUGAAUU